AACUGUUGAUAAGUUAAACCAUUCAAAUGUUUAUUAUUAUUAUUAUUAUUAUUAUUAUUAUGAUGAUGAUGAUGAUGUUUUAUUUCUUUUCAGAUUGCCUGUGCUGUUGUGGCCAUUACCAUGAACUAUUUGUCUCUUGUAACUCUCUGUUGGCUUAUAGUCCAGGCCCUUUACCUCUUCUCCUUCACCAGGAAGCGUGAAAGCGAGGAGCAGCAGAAAAUGAAAACAAAACUCUAUUACGCAGGCGCUUGGGGUUUACCGCUUGUUGUUGUAUGUGUCCUUGCCUCUAAGUACGAGAUGUACGAUAAACAUCCACACUGCUGGAUCUCCUUCUCUGACGCGUUGAGCUGGUCAGUGGCAACACCCAUAAUUACGUUAGGGAUGGUACAAUUAAUACUCAUUGUUUUGUUGGCGAAAGCUUUGAUUACUUACCGUAAGUCCAGCGACAUUGAAGAAAAUGAAACCAAGAAAAGUGUCAUCAAGUCCGGUUUACAAACAGUGGUUUGCAUAACAAUCAGUGUCAUUCUAACCUGGCUUCUGGGAUCACUUUCCUUGAACAUCGAUCGUGAUAUCUACCAUACCUUUUUCUCCAUAUUUAACGCGUUGCAGGGUUUUGGAUUCUUCUUGUUUUAUGUUGUCUUGAACCCUGAAGUGCGUAAACUAAUUCUUGCCGCUUGGGAAUGGAAAAGCACUCUGGUGACACCCUUUGACGAACAUGAAGCCAUUGAAAUCGAAGAAGAAGAGGACAAAGACAAAAAGAAAGGAAAAGGCAAAAAUAAAGCUACGAACAACAAUAACCAAGAAAAGAACGAGAGUAAACAAGGGGAACAACAAGGUCAGGCCAUCGCGAAUACCGUACACACAGUGGCCGAAGCAAAAAUGGCAGCUGCCUCGAUAGUAGCCAGUAACAAAAUGAGAAACCCUGAGAACGAAACAGCACUUAAACCCGAGAUUAAGAAAGAAACGCGAAAGUCAAGUUGGCCUGGUGUAAAAGCCAAUUCCAUCCCAAGAACUCUUCCUCCAAUCGCGAAACAAAAGAAGACUGCUCCGUCGUCCAAAGGGGCAGUCCCAAGACGGAAGAUAACCCCCCAAGGACCCCCACAGAAAUUUAUAGAAGAUUUAGCGCUUAAACGAAAUGCUGCUGGUGCUCCAUCUUCACCCAGGGAUAAGAGCUUGCGGUCACCAUCACCAUGUACGCAGCAGCCACGUUCCCCAUCCUGGAGUAGGGCAGUUCAUUUCGAAUACAAAGAUGAUCUCCCUGUUGCAGCUUUCAGCUCUCCACCACCCAACGUCCGCACCAGGCCCCUGCAUCAGACAGUAGCUCCCAACACCUCUCGAAAGAACCAAAGACCAGUGGGCAAGAAAAAGACAACCAAGGGGAAAAAGGUCUCCAGGCCAUCAAAAGUUCUCUACGUCGAACCUUCCACCAGCGGUUGAAGCUGUGAUAUAUGUUCGGAUUAAUAUCUGAAGCCGGACAGAAGUCACGUGGCUAACCGCUCAAGAUGGAAAAUACAGAUAGCAGCCAGGACGGAAAGCAACCAAGUAUCUCGAUCGUGGAUGAAAGACCAAAACAAUUGAAUAAAGAGAAACCUUUCCCGAACUCUGUGAAACGUGAGCAUAGAAAGGUCGGCUUAACGACCGCUGAGCUGCACAACAUGAAUGUUGGCCCAGCUGCAUCGUGAACAAUCUCAGGAAUUUUAUUUUACAACUUUUACAAUUUUUUUAAAAUUUCUUUCCCACUUAUUGUUAAAAAAAAAGUGUACAAAAAUUGUGAACCAAGGUUUUUUUACAGAAGGAAUGCUACAGUGUAAAUAACUAAAUAAUGCUAAUUUAUGAUAAAUUCAACACUUUAAUUUUAUCUUUCAUUUUACUUCCAUUUUUGUGAUAAAUAAACUUCAGAUAACUUGCUGGCCAUUUUGACCUUCAAAUAAGAAUGUACUUCUAAAACAGGACUAAUCUGUAAAAAAAAAUAUGCCCUUUAAUCCCAUCCCAAAUGUAACAAGAGGUCAAAACCGUUAUGUGAAUGAGAACCUUGAUCAUCUUUUUAAAAAUGUUUACCACAUUCUUCCAGAGAAAACUUACACAAAAUAUAAAAUUAUGAUAAACUGUGGUAAGAACUUGCAUCCUCAUCCCUAGAUUGUUAAGAUUAAGCUUUGGUGAAUGCAGUAGAGAUUUCCAGAAGUGUAUUUAUCAUUAACCAUCUAACAUUCUAAUCAUCUCUAAUAGAUUGAGGGACCUAUUUGUUUUCAAUGACUUUUGAUGGGGGAGAGGGUGCUAAGUGGACACCUAAAAUAUGUCUGGAAUCUUUCUACUGUAAGUUUGACAGUAACUGACAUGUACUUACUUUAAAUAAUAUAAUUGUUUUCUCUUUAUGAAGCACUGUUUCAAGUUGACACCUUUAGCUCUGGCUGCAGAGGGCAGAAGCUAGGUAACAGACAGUGCCUCUUGCAAAAGAGUCAGCCAAUUUGUGUCAAGUUAAGUGGUAUUAUGUUUUAGGGCCAUGUUAGAUGCUAUGAUUUGCCGCACAUAACGAGUGAGCAACACAAAUUGAUUUGUGUAAAAGAAACCUACAUGUACAACUUGAAUGCAAAAUUGUACGUUUGAUUUACACAAAACAAUUUGCUGUGCACUUGCUGCAAGGUUGUUGUAUCCAGCAAAGUUGUACCAUCUAAACUGGGCCUUAAUCUUCCUCAGUCAAAGCCAUCCUUGUCAAUUUUUGGUUUAUUUUUACUUCUUUAGUGUUUUCCUAUCUUAGAAACUAUUAUCUGGAGGUUUCCCUUAAUUUGAUAGUACAGUCAAACCUCCGUUAACAGACACUUCUUGUAAGCGGCCACUCGGUAAUGGUCCCAGCCACAUACAAAAGCUGCAUUUUUAACCUCCCAAAAGCAAACACCUUUUUGAAUUUUUUUGAAAAUUUAAGGUGGCUCUGAACCCCAUGAACAGAAUUUAUUUAAACUCUGCCUUAAGUUACAUCUUAUGCAGCUGAUCAAAAUUUGAUUUAAAAAGAUGGUUUUCAUGUGCCAUUUUUGAAAUAUAAGUAAUUAAAACUAAAAUUACGGUUGUGUUAGCAAGUAAUACUGUUGCUAUGGUAACCUACUGUGUCACGAAAAUGAUAGAAAAUGAGAACGUGUUCACUGAUGUUGCACAGUUUUCUGAUACCAUGAUUGCUGCAU